CUGCUCCGCGGCACCGGCCGCCCGCCCGCCCCCGGCGGCCCCUGCAGCAACAAUCCCAGCACGGCCCGGAUUGUUUAGUCCUCGAGAAGCUGGUCUGGGUCCAGAUCCUGCUUUGAUCCUUUUUUUUUUUUUUUUUUUUUUUUUUUUUAAAAAAAAAAAAAAAAAACCAAAAAAAAAAAAAAGCUGAAGACGCAGACAAGGGCUCUAGGAAAAAGUUUUGGAUGGGAUUAUGUGGAAACUACCCUGCAAUUCUCCGCUGCCAGAGCAGGCUCAGUGCUGCCUGCUCCCCUGGCGGCGCUGAUAGACGCCCGGGCCUCGGUACCGCUCCGCCAGCGCCUGCUCCGCCGCAGCCCCUCGCCCCGCCGGCCCAAUGCUCCUCCUCGGGCUGCUCCUGCUGACAUCCGCCCUGGCCGGCCGGAGGCAUGGGGCCGCCGCGGAGUCCGACCUCAGCAGCAAGUUCUCCUUCCCCGGCGCUAAGGAGCAAAACGGAGUGCAGGAUCCUCAGCAUGAGAAGAUAAUAACUGUGACUUCUAAUGGAAGUAUUCACAGCCCCAAGUUCCCACACACAUACCCACGCAAUACUGUGCUAGUGUGGAGAUUAGUAGCAGUAGAUGAAAAUGUGUGGAUACAGCUUACCUUUGAUGAAAGAUUUGGGCUUGAGGACCCAGAAGAUGACAUUUGCAAGUAUGACUUUGUAGAAGUUGAAGAACCUAGUGAUGGCACUGUUUUGGGGCGCUGGUGUGGUUCCAGUAGUGUGCCAAGCAGACAAAUCUCCAAAGGAAACCAGAUCAGAAUAAGAUUUGUGUCUGAUGAAUAUUUUCCUUCUCAACCUGGAUUCUGCAUCCAUUAUACACUUCUUGUGCCACACCACACAGAAGCACCUAGCCCAUCAUCGCUACCCCCAUCAGCUUUGCCAUUAGAUGUAUUAAACAAUGCUGUUGCUGGAUUUAGUACUGUGGAAGAACUUAUCCGGUACCUUGAACCAGAUCGGUGGCAGCUGGAUUUGGAAGACUUGUACAGGCCAACAUGGCAACUUCUUGGAAAGGCAUAUAUUCAUGGGAGAAAAUCAAGAGUGGUUGAUCUCAACUUGCUAAAGGAGGAAGUGCGGCUGUAUAGCUGUACUCCUCGCAACUUUUCCGUGUCACUGAGGGAGGAGCUGAAGCGAACUGACACCAUUUUCUGGCCACUGUGUCUUCUGGUUAAGCGUUGUGGUGGGAAUUGUGCCUGUUGUCAUCAGAACUGCAACGAAUGUCAAUGUAUACCAACAAAAGUCACCAAAAAGUACCAUGAGGUUCUUCAGCUGAAGCCAAGGACUGGUGUCCGGGGACUGCAUAAAUCACUGACAGAUGUACCCUUGGAACACCACGAGGAGUGUGACUGUGUAUGCAAAGGGAAUACUGAAGGAUAAACAUGAUUUAAUUGUGCUGUUUUCUUUGAAGCACGUUCAAUCCUUGCUGAUUCUAUUAUGGGGCUUGUGCAUUAUCUCCUUCUGUAAUCUCAGUUGUUUGCUUUGGGGAACUUCCAUCUUCAAGAUUUACAGUGAGCUCUAAAAAGAGAAGCAAAACUGGGAUUAUGUGAUGUAUGACAGCUCUGUUUGGAGGCCCAGUGAAAGGAUGGGAGAAAGGCAUCAAUGAGGGAUUUAAAAUACAUGUAUUUUUUUGUCCCCCACAAUUUUCUUGACAAUACAUGGAUUUGUAAUUUAGGAGUUAAAGUAAAGUUAGGAGGCUCACAUCACGGAGACUUGAUCCUGCUGGCUGUUUCAUUUCUACAGUUCCAGAACACCUGGCCUCUGGCUGAAAACAUCCGAAACCUUUCUUUCUGUGUUCAACUACUCCUAUGUACUCAAAGCAUUCUCGGUUUUAUAAAUUUGGUUUAUAACAGACUGUCUUGUUCUGAAUUAAACUUAAUUUGUCUAAUGCUGGUAGGAAAGACUGGAUUUUUCCAUAUGCUCUAGUAAAGCUCCUGCCUUUUAGAAAGAAGACUGGACAAUAACAUGAGCUAAGGAAGAAAAUGUUGAAAAGAACAAUGCCUUUAUUCUUACUACUAUGGCCGGUGAUUUCUUGUUUGUUUGUUAUUUUUAUUGUGUACAUUUUUAUACUCUCCCUUUGACAAUAUAACUAUUUGCUUUUCUAAACUUGUUAAAUAUAUCUAUUUUUACCAAAGGUAUUUAAUAUUCUUUUUUAUUACAAUCUAGAUCAACUAUUUUUUAGUUUUAUGAAACUUUAAAGACGGAUUUGUACAGCUGGAGGAACAUAGAAGAGAUUACAAUGGGAUAGGAGCACUAUAUUUUUACUUUGUUGCUACACAGUGAAAAAGUUUUUUGUUUGUUUUUUGUUUGCUUUUUGUUGUUGUUUUUUUUUAGACCUGCAAGCACAGUAAUAAUAAAAAGCUCAAAGCUUUGCUAGCUCCAUGAUACUGAAUAUACAAAAAAAGGACAGUACUACAGUGGUUUCAGAAGCUGAUGUUAAAAAUUCCCUCUCUCCAUUCUAGCCUUUGUUCCAGUAGAAAAGAGAUGAGCAUAGAUAGUUGCAUUGUGGCUUAAGUCUUUAGUUUCUUUAAAGUAGGAUGAUCUACAAUGUAAGUUCAGUGGCUUAAAGCCUUCAUGAUGCAUCAUUGUCAUGGGAAGGCAGCCUUGUCAAUGUUGAAGUGUAUGGUUUUCCAUUGACAUUUAUCGCCAUUUAAAUCCUGUUCACUCACAGGAUUGUAACAUUCUUCAGUACAGUUAGAUCAACUAUGGUUAUGUUUCUUCUGUACUUUAUAUCUCUAACCAAUACACUUAUCCCACCCUAUUCAAAUUGAAAAGAAAACAGUAAAAUAUUUUGCUUGUAAAAUGCUUUAACAUUAUGCCUAGUUUAUUUUUAUUUUUUAUUUUUUACUAUUGGAUUUGCAGAUUGUAAUGAAUCACCAAAUAAAGUAAUAAUGCUAAUUUUGAGAGAAA